CUGACAGUCAAAAACAUCAUGGCGACUUCUUCGUCGGUAGUUUUUCUCCGGAUCGCGGCGGUGUUUUCGUCGUUUCUCGCCCUCUCGUCGGCGGAAUUCAAACCCCACAUAGUCGAGACCCAGCUCCUAUGGGAGCCCCAAGUCGUGGGCGACGUUGCCGCGUUUCGCAUCCCGGUGGCGACGAGACUGCCCAACGGAACGCUGGUGGCUUUGGCGGAGGCCAGAAAGUUUUCGUCCCGAGAUUCCGGGGCCAAAUUCCUUGCGAUGAGGAUGUCGCAUCCCGACAAGUUGAACGCUGAUGGGGCUGGGGCCUUGUGGGCGCCAACUCGGUUCCUGAUAGACGACUACCAAGCCAAGGAUGGCCUCAACCUUGGGGCGGUAAUGGUAGACGAGGUCCAGAACACACUCAUCGUCCUCUACUCUGUCUGUGCCCACACCGCCUGCCCAGAGCGAGACUACCUACGAGGCAACUACAUGUUGCGUAGCAGGGACUGGGGAUUGACCUGGGAAGAGCCAGUCGAUAUAUCCUACAACAACCCAGGAUUAAAGAACCUGAGCUGGUCGGCUGGACCAGGAUAUGGUAUCCAGAAGAAAUAUGCACCUUAUAAGGGACGGCUGGUCGCCUGCGGCCACUCCAAUGAUUUGGACGUCUUGUCCAUGUUCUGCAUUGUUAGUGAUGAUCAUGGCGAUACCUGGGUGAAGGCAGGCAUAGUUUAUCACAUUCCAUUCAGAAGCCCUUUGGGACCUGGAGACUUCGGUCCGACAGAAGUCCAGAUGCUUGAGCUAUACAACGGCACAAUUCUCUUCAACGUCCGCAACGAGCGCCACUACCAUUGUGCCUGCCGCAUCAUCAUGAGCAGUGACGACGGUGCAAACACCAUCCCUACGGAGAAGAUUCGCUUUGACGCUACCCUGAUCGACCCCGCCUGUGCUGGCAGCAUCCUCCUCCAAAAUGGCGUCUUGUACUUCACCAACCCGGCCAGCACAAGCCACCGGGAGAAUCUGACGCUGAGGUGGAGCAACGAUUUUGGCGAUACGUGGGCGGGGUCGUUAGUGAUCAAUCCGGGGGUCAGCGAGUAUUCCUGUCUUACUGCGAUCGACGACAACCACGUCGGCAUUGUUUACGAACAAGGUCUGGCCGGGUUGUGGUUUAUCAAAAUCAGACUGAACAUUUGAAGAGCAUUCUAAAUGUUGUGAAGCAUUCAGUGGCGCCCUCUAUUGUUAUGAUUCAUUUAGAGGCUGGCAGUAACGUAAUUAAAAAUCUAAUGCUGCAUCAGAUGUUAGAUGUGCUUUUAUAUUUUCUAUCUGUGAUAUUUGGGAAGAGGUAAAAAUCUAAUGUCUUGUAAUUAUUGAAAACUAUUGCAAAUUUGAAAGGCCUUCAGAUUAAGUAUAAAAUUGUGUAAAGCAAUAUUCUUAAAACUUUCAUUAGUUAUACAUGUACUGUAUGAUUAAACUUUUUAAAAUUUGUUGCAUUGUUCUGGUGUAUGAGCUGCAUUUUCAUGCUCAUUUUUGUACACUGAUGUACUAAUAUUUUUAUACUUAAUGGCGUCAAUAAUUAGUACUUCAUGAUCGGCAGAAAACACUUUGUAACAGGUGGUGGUAUCAAUUGGUGGUAUCAAUAAUUGGUAUGAAUUGUCUACAGAAAAGAUUCUGUCUGGUGUUGACAAUUUUAGAACAACUCUUGUUUGCUUUAGACCAUUUUGCCAUUAAAAAAAAUGCCUAUAUUGAAAGUGAGUAAUAAUUAUAUAUAAAUACAAAUUCCUUGUAAUUUGUUUAUGGUUAAAGUACAAAGUAUAAAGAUUGCAUUAAAACAGUGCUUCCUAAUUUUUCGCAAUUCUGCUAAUUUUUUUAAGUGCAAAAUAAAUUAUUUAAUACAACUUGAUUGUUAUGUAUAUAUUGAAAUUGAAUUCGAUAAACUUCAGCGAAUGUGCCAAAUAAAACGAUACUUAAUGAAACGAUCAA